AUGGACGGUGAAAGCGAGGACGAUUUUCGUAACGACGACGUUGACGAGGAUGAUGGUGAUGACGAUGAAUUAGACCGUCAACUCUUCGAUGCCAUUGAGGAGGUACCCGACGAGGCUGGUACCGAGGAAGCUGAUUCCACGUCUGACGCAUCUGACGAUGACGAGGAUGAAGAAGAGGAACGGCCACUGGCGUCAAAGCAGCAACAUGCACCUGCACCUGCCCCGGCGCCUUCUGGUGAUAUAAUGAUGAAGUCUCCUACGCCGCCUGGCCAAAGCAAGUCUGCUACAGCGUUGACACCGCCACAUCCUCAACCAAUGCAGUCGACACGUCUGACCGCCUCCCGCAUAAGACGGAGCCACAUUAAACCUUCUGUUUUCUAUCCGAAAUCAUAUACAGUCGAAGCGAUUUGUGCCAUGCCUCAUCCUGUGCCUACACAUUCCCUUGCAGCCACACCCUGCAUGACACAUUUGCUCACAGGCUCCGAGGACGGGUAUAUCCGCGAUUAUGAUAUAUUCACUGCAGUGAAUGGCAAAAUCUUGUUGAGUGCGCCGCAAAGACAUCAUGCCGGUGUUGUAGAGGGCAUCCUCAAAGCUGGCCAGCUUCGAUCGUGGUGGGAACACCCAAGCGAACCAUCCGGUGACGAAUUGUCUCCCGUACAUAGUCUCGCAAUCCACGGGGACGCCCUUUGGAGUCUGGCGGGUACCAACGCUGGUUACAUCAACCUCCACACCGUACGCCAUGAUCCUGGCCGUCUCAUCCACUCGAUGAAGGGCCAUACUGGGCCCGUCUCUGCUCUGUCUAUCUCUCAUGACGAGAAGGGUUUUUUCUCCGCAGGCCAGGACGGAGACGCGCUGCAAUGGGAUCUUAACACGGGAAACAUAGUACGGCGCUACGCUGGACACGGUCCACAGCUUACCUCAUUGGCCGUACGCCCGCUGGAUUUUGAUUAUCCGGUUCCAGCGCCGCCAAUAACCAAUAUACCGGCCACCAGCGGCGCCCGCGAACGCCGCGAACGAGCAGCACAGGCAGCAGCAGCAGCACAGGCCGCUGCGAAUGCAGAUGCCGAAACCAAAUCCGAAUCAGGCGACUCCUUAUUCGGAGACGAACCAGACGGAGACGUCGACAUGGACAAGAAGCCGCCUCUGCCACCACCCCAGCCGAAGCAUGUACCGGCACCCGUUAAGCCGCCGAAAGCCGAACCCGCGCCUGCGCCCAAGAACGCUCCUCCUUUACUCGACUCGGCAAGGCUAUCGAACUUUUCCCCGGACAUCUUCAUGACAAGUUCGAUCGACGGUCAAGUCGUACUCUGGGAUGUCCGUGCGCCAGAGAACGCUCCAGGCUCUGGUGUUGGUCGCCUGUGGAUGAGUGCUGGUACGCCCCCGUGGUGUCUGUCGGCCUGCUGGUCUAUGAACGGCGCUCAAGUAUACGCUGGGCGUCGUAAUGGGGCCAUUGACGUCUGGGACGUCCGACAAUUCGGACAGACUGGACCUACGCAAACGCCUCGAUUGCUCAAGACGCUGAGAAACCCAGCGAGUUCCGGUAUAGUCAGCUGUGUCGUCUCGUUUCCUGAUGGACGCCACAUCGCAUGUGCUUCGAACGACAAUAUCCGCUUAUGGAACGCUGCGGAGGCUGGUGAAGGCGACGUACGCGGGCGCGUACAGUUCAAGAUCAUCCCUGGCCAUCACGGCGGCAUAGUUUCGCAGAUGGUGGUAGACCCUGCGGCCCGUUUCCUUGUGAGCGCCAGCGGAAACCGAGGGUGGCACGGGGACGCGACGCGAACGGUGUUCGUCCACGACAUCAAACCUGUUGUGUAA